AUGGGCACCGAAGUGAUCACGUCCAAUAGAGAGUUAGCUGGGGGAGCCUUUGGUAGUCACGGGGCAGGCGAUGGGAUGUGUGUCAAACAGGAGGUCAUUAGCAUAAACAACAGUGCUGUCCGCCAUUGGGAUGCGGGAAUAUCUGGUUUAACAUCAAAGACGCAUAUUUUGUUCCCCGGUCGACCGAACAUUUCAAAGAUACUCGUAUCGCGUUGCAAACGCCUCGAGGCCCUUAAUCUGUCGCACUGCACCAAUGUCGGCAACGAGGGAGUGGAAGCCAUCACCCGAGGCCUUCCUUUACUACGACGUCUCAAUUUGGAUGGAAUUCAGUGGAUCACAGAUGAGGCCCUUGAAGCUCUUCUAGAGGGAAGAGCCAUCAAGGAUGGUGCUCUAUGCUGUAUUUGGCUAGAUGGCUUCGAGCUCAGCGCAGCCGGUUUCUCCAACUUUCUUUCCCGUCUACUGGAUAUCCAUAUUUCCAAGAUUGCUUCCCAUCUGGGUCUUCCCCCACCGGUCUCAUCACACCGUAUCCCCGACAACCCCAAGUUCCUUCAGUUACUUCGUGAUAGCGGUCUGCAGAUCUUGUCCAUCAGCUUUGCAGAGUGUAUUGACGAUUCCUGUCUGCCUCACAUUGCCUGCUUGACUAGUUUGGUGGAGCUGGCUUUGCGCAAAGGACGUCUGUUUACCAGCCAAGCCCUCUGUGAUGCCUUCUCUCCCGCUCGACAAUCCCAACUGCAUUAUCUGAGGCAUCUGGACCUGACUGACUGUCCCGCUGUUAAUGAUGCAGUCGUAAAGGCCGUUUGUGAGUGCUGUGGACCGCUGCUAGUUGCCCUCUUUCUCAAUUGGUGUUGGAGUGUUACAGACGUCGGCCUUAUGUGCAUCCUCGAGACCUGCCACCGCUUGCACCAUCUCAGCCUUGUGGGAAAUCAUGUGAUUAUUGGAGAGUCUUUCAUUAACCUUCCCACCAGUCAACCGCACCUGCGCAUCCUCAACCUUGCCCAAUGUAACCAGGUCUUAGACUCUGUACUGUCCUCGGUUGCUGUCCAAAUGCAGGAUUUGUACAUAUUUGACUACUUUGGUGAGCGGGUCGGGGGCAGUCUGGACGAUGUUUGUCAGUUUGAUCUGGCUCGUUCAAUGAACAAGGUGCCUAUAUGUGAGCACUGA